UGGGGAUAGUAAAGGUAAAAACGGUUAUGUCAAUACAUUGUGGCUAGAUCAGACAGUUUAGUAAGAGAUUAACACGUACAACAACUUGUGGCGUUUUUUACGAGUCAAAAGGGCCUAUGUUAGCGGUGAGAGAGAGAAUCAAAAGGGUAGAAAAAUAAAUAAUUUGUAUAAUGUAAAGUGAAAUAAGAAGAAGAAAGGAAGAAAAUGCAAUCUAGGAAAAUAGUGGAUGAGAUUGAGAAGGAAAAUAAUGAUAAUCAAAAGGGGAUGCAGCUUGAUCCUGCCUCUGCCCUCCAACAAUUUCUUGAUCACAUACCUAUUACUUCCAUACCCGCCAUAAAUACCAAAUCACUUGUGUUGGAGAUUAAAGCUGGAGACUCUAUAAGGGAUGCAAUUCAUAUGUUGUACGAAAAGGACACAUUUGGUGCAGUCGUUGUGGAUGUCUUGGACAAUGAAACUGCCGGCAGCAUAGCAUUUUCUCAUCGCUAUAUUGCUUUCGUUGCUUUUUCAAACAUGAUUCUUUGGUGUCUUCAUGAAUAUGAAAACAUCAGGGAAAAUGACACGGAUAACCAUCUCACGGAUAUAGAUGACGACAUCUUUUUCUCCAUCCUUGACCGGAUUCCUCAGAUCGGACAAACCAAGGUUAGCGAAUUGGCUAAAUCAUUCCUCUGGGAACCAUUUUUCCCCGUACAAUUGGACGACACGAUUCUUCAUGCACUGCUACUUCUUUCUAAGCAUAGGCUGCAAGUUUUGCCUGUCAUACAACAACCUGAUGCCGUACUCAUCGGUUUCGUUACACAGAAUUCCCUAGUCCAACUACUUCUUCAAUCAAGCAAACUAGAGUGGUUUGAUAUUAUUGCAGACAAGAACUUGUCAGAUUUUCGAUUUGAAGGCCAAGAACGCCCGAGUUGUGUAUUUGGGGACCAAACUGUUGCACAUGCUUUGAAGUUGCUAUGGCAGAACCAAACUUGUGCAGUUGCAGUUGUAGAUAGACAAACCAAGAAGCUCAUCGGUAAUGUGAGGAAAAGCGACAUUUAUAAUCUUGUAAAGAAUGAUGAUCUCCUUAGAAGUAGAAGGAUAUUCACUGUCGAAGAAUUUGUUCACGCAGAGACCAACAAGACAGACACUAAACCAACCAUUGAACAUGACCAUGGUGUUGAUCACGCGGCUGAAAGUCUCCACCGUAAAAAUAGCUACAAACCGAGAAUGGAUUCACCAGUGACCAACAAGAAAAAUGACACGCUCAAGCAAGUAAUGGAGCAUAUGACAGAGACUAAUAGCAGUUUCAGUUUUCUGAUCAAUGAUAAUGAACAAGUUACAGGUUUGAUAACAGUGAGAGAUAUAAUUCUGCAAUUUGCCCCUCCUUGUGUGAAUUCUAGUAUUGGUGGAGGUGGAUUUUUUGAAUUGGCUUUGGAGCAGAGUGGAUGUCAAAUUAAGAACGGAACUAUGACUCGUAAUCGUUGAUCAAGGUAUGCGCCAAUGCAUUUACUUAAAGAAAGUGUAAUAGACAAAUUUUCUGUUUUAUAAGAUGUUAUUGAGCUCCAAAUCAAAGACCCUUUUUAUUGGAGAAAGAUUCUUCAGCAAUGACACGAUGGAACGCUGCCUACGACAUACAUGAAGACACUUUUCAGGAAUUUGGAUUCCUUAUAGGGAAAAGUGACUGUAGAGACAAUCUUGAUUGCUGGUAAAAAUCAGAUGGUUGAGACCGAUUUAUUAAAUAUACAAUGAAGUUGUCUGAUCUUGCAUGUAUAGUACUUAUUUGUCUGACUGUGAGACUACAGAGAUUGCCUAAGGCAGACAAGAAGAAAUGAUCACCGGAAAGGAGAACAAAUACACAUAUUAUGUUUGCCUAUAUCAGUAUUUCAUGACAUGUUUUGUAGACCAACACAAUCUUGGUGCUAUCAAGAUUGGGCUCAUAUCUUAAUAAUGUCUAUUACUCUAUCAUUUAUAAAAACAAGAAUUAUGUUAAAAAAUACUAUUUCUUAUUGGUUGAAAUUUAUUGUAAACUAGCUGAA